UUUGUCUAUAACUUGGCCUACCCAAAAAUGUUCAAAGUAGUCAGCAUUUCAGAUGACUUCAAGAAUUUUAAAGUUAGAAGAUUUUUUUCAUGAUUACAGAUGAUUUUGCCAUAAUUCACGGUCACCCUGGAAAGGUCUUUCUCGACAGACGAAUUUCGCAGUUUUUUCUAGACGAAAAGGGAAAUUUCCACAACAAACUCUCCGGCGAAACUUAUCCUUUAACCCAACAGACUUACUGCAUCGAACACGCUACGAAAAAUAAAGCCGUGCUGAAUCACAGAUACUUCGGAAUCAUCAUGGAUUCUAACCCGCCCCUCCAAACGAAAUUCCAGCUGAACAGGUGGACUUUGGUUGUUUCCGACAUUUUUCUAGUAGUGACCAUGGCUUACUACAUUUUCGCGGGAGAAACCAGAAAAGUAUUCGGAAAAACUCUGGUCAGCUUCUGCUUGGCCAUAUUCAUUCUUUAUGCACUCAUUGUUUUCACAACAUUCAAGACGAAACUGCACUAUAAGAAGAACAAAUUGUUGUGCAAGAUAAUUGGCUUCUCAAUUAUAUACCUUGGAUUUUCUUGUUUCGUUUGGUUGCAGAUCAUUUGUUUUGAUAUCUACUGGACUUUUAGUUUCUCCACCAAAUAUCCGACAUACACCGAGAAGAGGAAGAAAGAAUUCAAGAGAUUUCUGUCAUACAGUUUACACGGAUGGGGUUCACCACUGAUUCUCACUCUCCUAAUGGUUCUCUUCCAUUUUGUGAACGUAUUACCUGAAGUAAUUGAAAUAAAAAUGGGUGUAACAAAAUGUGGAAUUGAAAGAGCUAACGGAAACAAGACGGAAUUAUUAUUUAGAUCUAUUCCAUUGACGAUUAUCCAAGUUGUGAAUUUUUACCUUUUCAUCAAAACCGUCCUGUACUGUUUGAAGGUGAAAAGAGACAUAAAGAAGAUGAACCAGACCUCACUCAAUAUCAAGAAGAAAAAGAAAUUUUUCGCAAGAAAAGCCAGGUUUGUACUUGUUGUCAAACUGUGUUUCACCAUGGGCAUUUUCUAUCUCUUCGAAGUUGUUUCUUCUUUUUUCGAUUUCAGCACAUACAAGGUUACUUCAAUUAUAGAAAUCGUAUGGGAUUUCAUCAACUCUUUGCAAGGUCUUUUUAUUUUCCUCAUUUUCGUAUGCAAGAAAAAAAACUUGGUCAAGUGCAAGAAGUUCAGCGCAGUGGAAAAAAUCAGGAAGUUGUCCCUGUCCGGCACCAUGACCACGAGUCUUUCGUCAGUGGGAAGGAAAAUCAGCAACGUCACAAGGAGGACGUCGAAAAUGGAAGUGCAGGAGACGUGAGAAGUUUCUGAAGGAAGUUUGACACCGAUGUGAAAUUGUACACUGAGAGAAAAACCUCUAUUCCAUUAGUUCAUAAUUCAACAGCUUUUUACAACUACAAAAUUUCAAGUCCAGUUUCACGAUCCUUCUGAUAAGGGCUGAACAUGAAAGAAAAUAUCCGGAAAAUCAUUUGUAUUCUAAGAAAUCGAUGUUCUACAACUAUUAUAUUGAGAUAUGUUAUUCCUAGUAGUCGAUAGUGCAAGAUGAUGAUAAUAAGUUUAUUGAAAAAAAUCAUCAAUUUUGCUUUUCAAUAUUGUACUAAUUUGAUAAUAAUAUGAAUAAACUGAGGA